AUGUGGUGGUGGUGGUGCAACAACGUGGACGGCUUGUACAGGGGUGCCAGAGGAGCUGCUUCUCGCGCGGCUGAACGAGCACGGAGCGCACGCGUUCCUCCCGCUGGACGCCGAGGCGUUCACGCUGCUCUACUUCGACGUGUUCGGCGCGCUCGACAACUUCCGCAAGAAGAACAAGGGCCACGCCCUCGCCACGGCCGACGGCCACCUCCCCGACGGGGGUCACAGCGGCAAGAAGAGCAAGGACUGCAUCAUCUCCUAGAAGCCUCCACCACCACCACCUCCCCACUAAUUGUAGUCAUAUAA